AUUUGACAUGUCAGUUAUUUUUUUUAAUAUCUCAUGAUGUUCGGCAAAUGUGUUGUGUUAUUCUGCCUUCUUGCGACUGUUAUUCAUAAUACCACAGCCCUGCCAAUCACCUACCCAUCGCUCAACUCCAUUUACAACCAAAUCCCGCCAGACGCGAUCGCUGGCACGCCUGUCAUAACCGAGAUAGAGCCAACAUUACAAUUCGGUGACAUGUCAGUUACAGGCGAACUGCCGGUAGGUGGCAGCAUAAGAGUGAAGGGUAUCUUCCCUGUUUAUGGCUCCGUAGUAGUCGAUGGCAGUCUGCCUUCAUCAGGCACGGCUGUUGUUAACACCGGUUGUGUGAAUACGCAAGUUAUUUAAGAGAUUAAUAAAUUAUUUUUGUUCGUGUUUAUUUGUGUUUUGUUUUAUUUAUACUGAGUUUUGUUCGUUGUUAUGUUAUUCUUUAUAAUAAUGUCUGCUGAAUGUUUGACUGGUAAUGGACUCUUAAUUAUAAGGGACACUUAAAAUACAGAGGAAAAUUGAUUCUUAAGCACCUCACAUGGUAAUUGCGAGCAGGCCCAAUGUUAGGGCGUGAUUGUUCGAAGGCCUAUUAAGCCAAAUUUAAGAUGCUUUAACGUCUGGAGUCUCCUACCUUCCGUGGUGCAUAUCGUAUACCUAUACUGUUUGUAUAAGCUAAAAACUGACACUUGAUAUUAAUUACCUAAGCCCUAAAUACUUAAGUGACACAAUGUUCUCCGCUGGCUCUGGGUAAUUCUAAAUUUCAAUGUUUUUUUUUAUAAAGCUGGUGGUUUAAUUGACUAUUUACUUGUAAGGGCCUUAAAGACAUUGAGAAAGCAAAAGUAACUUCGAUUCUUUGCUUGUA